AUGAAGCUGAUGGGAAUAUUUCUGCUCUUCAUGCUUUGGACCUGCGAAAGUACUAGAGUCGCAGAGUCUCGAGAGGACAAUAGCGUGUACGACCUGUUUGAGCUCAUCAGAGUCCCCAGCAAGAACCACGGGGUGACCCUGGUGAAGGGAGACGACCCGUACAGCCCCGCCUACAAGAUCCUGAACCCGGACCUGAUCCCCCCGGUCCCCGAGAGCGCCUUUAGGGACCUGAUCGACUCCAUCCACGCCGAGAGGGGCUUCCUCCUCCUGCUCAACUUCAAGCAGUUCAAACGGACCAGGGGGAGCCUCCUGACUGUGGAGAAGCGGGACGGCUCCGGACCCGUGUUCGAGAUCGUGUCCAACGGCAAGGCGAACACGUUGGACAUCGUUCUCUCCACUGAGAACAAACAGCAGGUGGUCUCCAUCGAGGAGGUGGAUCUGGCCACGGGUCACUGGAGGAACAUCACGCUGUUCGUGCAGGAGGACCGCGUGCAGCUGUACGCCGGGUGCGAGGAGGUGAACACCGCCGAGAUGGACGCGCCGAUCCAAAGCGUCCUGACGCACGACAUCCUGGCCGGUGCGCGCCUCAGGGUGGGGAAGGGAGCAGUGAACGACCGGUUCAUGGGGGUGCUACAAAACGUGCGGUUUGUGUUUGGAACAACCCUGGAAGCCAUCCUGCGCAACAAAGGAUGCCAAAGCUCUGUUACAAGUGACACCAUGAUCCUGAAUAAUCUUAACGGCUCCUCUGCCAUCAGAACAGAAUACACCGGACACAAGACUAAAGACCUGCAGAUGGUCUGCGGCUUCUCCUGCGAGGAUCUUAUCAGCAUGUUCAAGGAGCUGAAGGGCCUUGGAGUGGUGGUCAAGGAGCUGUCCACUGAGCUCCGCCAGCUGACGAAUGAGAACAAGCUGAUUAAAAACCGCAUCGGCAUCCACAGCGGCGUCUGCAUCCACAACGGAAUCAUGCGCAAGAACAAAGACGAGUGGACCGUAGACGACUGCACCGAGUGCACUUGUCAGAACUCUGCUACCGUUUGUCGCAAGAUCUCCUGUCCGCUGAUCCCCUGUGCUAAUGCUACUGUUCCUGAUGGGGAGUGCUGCCCACGCUGCGGAACACCGAGCGACUAUGCAGAGGACGGCUGGUCGCCCUGGUCUGAAUGGACCCAUUGUUCCGUGUCUUGUGGGCGGGGCAUUCAGCAGCGUGGGCGCUCCUGCGACCGUAUCAAUAACAACUGCGAGGGUACCUCAGUGCAGACCCGCGACUGCUACCUUCAGGAGUGUGACAAGCGUUUCAAGCAGGAUGGCAACUGGAGCCACUGGUCACCCUGGUCAUCAUGCUCGGUCACCUGUGGCGCUGGUCUCAUCACUCGUAUCCGCCUCUGCAACUCGCCCACCCCUCAGCUCGGAGGCAAGGAGUGUGUUGGAGAGGGCAGGCAAACUGAAACGUGUCAAAAGUCUCCUUGUCCCAUCAACGGUAACUGGGGGCCCUGGUCACCCUGGGGUACCUGCUCUCUCACCUGUGGUGGAGGUGUUCAAACUCGUAAGCGCCUGUGCAACAACCCUUCUCCACUGCAUGGGGGAAAGGAGUGUGUUGGUGAUGCCAUAGACAAACAGAUGUGCAACAAGAAAUCCUGUCCAAUUGAUGGGUGCUUGUCCAACCCUUGCUUUUCUGGAGCCAAGUGCACUAGUUUGCCUGAUGGUUCUUGGAAGUGUGGAAAGUGUCCAGUUGGCUACACAGGCAAUGGCAUCAAGUGCAAAGAUGUCGAUGAGUGCAAGGAGGUCCCAGAUGCUUGCUUUGAGUUUAAUGGUGUGCAUCGCUGUGAGAAUACACAACCAGGGUACAACUGUUUGCCCUGCCCUCCCCGCUUCACAGGACCCCAGCCUUAUGGCCGAGGUCUUGAGCAGGCUGCAGCAAACAAACAGGUAUGCACAGCUCAAAAUCCCUGCCUGGAUGGAAGUCAUGACUGCAACAAAAACGCUCGAUGCAACUAUCUCGGACACUUUGCCGAUCCCAUGUUCCGCUGUGAGUGCAAGCCUGGUUUUGCUGGCAAUGGUCACAUCUGUGGAGAGGACACAGAUCUGGACGGAUGGCCCAAUGUCGAUCUGGUCUGUGUGGAGAAUGCCACCUACCACUGCAAAAAAGACAACUGUCCCAAUCUCCCUAACUCUGGACAAGAAGAUUACGAUAAGGAUGGAAUCGGUGAUGCUUGUGAUGAUGACGAUGACAACGAUGGCAUCCCUGAUGAUAGGGACAACUGUCCGUUCGUGUACAAUCCCAGGCAGUAUGAUUAUGACCGUGAUGAUGUGGGUGACCGCUGUGACAACUGCCCUUACAACAGUAACCCAGACCAGACAGACACAGACAACAAUGGUGAAGGAGAUGCCUGCGCUGUGGACAUUGAUGGAGAUGGAAUCAUGAAUGAGAAAGACAACUGUCCCUAUGUAUACAAUGUUGACCAAAAAGACACAGAUUUGGACGGAGUGGGAGACAUGUGUGAUAACUGCCCUCUGGAGCAUAAUCCCGAUCAGGUGGACUCAGAUGAUGACCGUGUGGGAGACAAGUGUGACAGUAACCAAGACAUUGAUGAGGAUGGACACCAAAACAAUCUGGACAAUUGUCCAUACAUCCCAAAUGCCAACCAGGCUGACCACGACAAAGAUGGCAAGGGCGACGCCUGUGACCAUGACGACGACAACGAUGGCAUCCCCGAUGACAAAGACAACUGCAGACUGGCCUUCAACCCUGACCAGUUGGAUUCAGAUGGUGAUGGCCGUGGAGAUGCUUGUGUAAAUGAUUUUGAUAAAGACAACGUGCCUGACAUCUAUGACGUGUGCCCUGAGAACUUCGAUAUCAGUCAGACAGACUUCCGCAAGUUCCAGAUGGUUCCUCUGGAUCCAAAAGGUACCUCCCAGAUUGAUCCCAACUGGGUGGUCCGCCAUCAGGGCAAGGAGUUGGUUCAGACUGUCAACUGUGAUCCUGGCAUUGCUGUUGGUUACCACGAGUUUAACGCGGUGGACUUCAGUGGAACUUUCUUCAUCAACACGGAGCGGGACGACGAUUAUGCUGGCUUCGUGUUUGGGUACCAGUCCAGUUCCAGGUUCUACGUAGUGAUGUGGAAACAGAUUACACAAACCUACUGGUCAAGUAAACCCACAAAAGCCCAGGGCUACUCAGGCCUGUCAAUCAAAGUGGUGAACUCCACCACUGGCCCUGGAGAGCACCUCAGGAAUGCCCUCUGGCACACGGGCAACACCCCAGGACAGGUCCGCACUCUCUGGCAUGACCCUAAGAAUGUUGGAUGGAAAGACUUCACUGCCUACAGAUGGCAUCUGAUCCACAGGCCAAGAACAGGACUCAUUAGAGUUGUGAUGCAUGAGGGAAAGAAGAUCAUGGCCGAUUCUGGUACCAUUUAUGACAAGACAUAUGCAGGUGGCAGGCUAGGUCUCUUUGUCUUCUCACAAGAGAUGGUAUACUUCUCAGACCUCAAGUAUGAAUGCAGAGAUGCUUAAAUGGAUGGACGUCAUCUCUGAGAAACGCACCUUUUUUUGUAUAAAGAACUUCCAUAUUCUCCUGCAAAGUUCAGGGGUCUGAUUUUGUCUCCACGUUGUGUUUUUCAGUAGCACACAUACUCCAAUGGCACCUGUUGGUUUCAGAGUAACAGGGUAUCUGUUGACUUCCAGUUGAGGAUCAGAAAGCAGGGAUUGCUGAAGAUUACAAAAACUAAACAUAGAAAAACUCUAGC